AUGUCACUUUGGAUUUUGUUUGAACAAUAUUUGAGUUUGGCUUUUUAUUAUAUUCUAAUUCACAUAUUUCACUGGUCUGAACUUGAGACAUUAUCGUUUUUGACAAGUAAACGUGGCUGGGCUUGGAUGUAUCCAAAUAAAUUGCUCAUCUCUGAUGCUGAUAUUGCUCAUGAAAUACUUGUUCGUCAUUCGUCAUCUCAUUUUCAAAAGGCAUCGAUUCAUGAAGAUUCACCUCUCUCAGGAUCAAUGCUUAAUGAUUCAGAUCGGAAGCCUCAUUCACGUUCACUACUUGUUCAUAGUCUGUCUUCAAAGCAGAUCAAAGAAAAUUACAUACCCAUAAUUCUUGAUUGCACAAAAACAUUGGUUAAUUAUUGGAAAUCAAAAUUAGCAUCGGACAGUAUGAUAGUUGAUGUAACUGAUGACUGUGCUCGUCUUGCAUUAGACAUUGUGGGAGAAACAUUAAUAGGUGGCACAUUCGGAGCGUGUUCAUAUGAUGAUAAUGGAAAUCGAUUAACUCAGUCUAUGCUACAUCUUACACGUGAAACAUUUACAGCAAAGAAUCACGAAAAACAAAUCGACAUGAAUGGUAGACAUCAACUUGAUUUCAUCGAUAAUCUUAUUCAGCAUAGAUGGGCAACAUCCGAUCGAACGCUCGAUUUUGCUGAUACAAAACUGAUAUUAUUUGCAGGGUCAGAAACAACUGCUACAGCUAUGGCGCUUACUUUAUUAACAUUAGCUUAUCGAAAUGACAUUCAAAUACAACUACGUGAACAACUAUAUGGCUUAUCAACUUUUGAAAUUAUUCAAAAUUCUCUCUUGGAUUCUUUUAUUCAUGAAAUACUUCGCUUUUGGGCUAUUGCACCAUUCAUCACUCGAAGAUCCACACGCGAUCUAACAUGCCAAAAUUCAUCUGGACGAACUUUAUUGAUUCCAAACAACACCGACAUUGAUAUAUUGGUGUGGUCAAUCCAUCGAUCACCACUCUAUUAUAUUCGAGUUGACGAACUGAAUAUUACACGAACAUACUCAAAUAAACGCUCCUAUCUUCCAUUUAGUACAGGUUCACGCAUGUGUCCUGGUAUGGAAUUUGCUAUCACCGAGCUCAAAAUCAUUGUAGCGCUUCUUCUAGAGCAGAUAGAAUUCGAGCCGCUCGUUUCCAUAUCGCCAUUAGACUGCAGUCAGUUUCUUUCUGAACAGCAAUUCCACAUAGACUGGUAUCAUGCUGUAAUUCAUACAAAAGAGCAUGUGUGUUUAAAAAUACGUCCACGUUUGCCAGUCUUUUCAAAGUGA